AUGAAGAUCGCCGUUGCUCUCUCCACCGCCCUGGCCGUCACGGUCUCCGCGUUCGACAAGAAUAUCCCUUGGGGAAAGCGGGACUACCCCUGUGUCAACGUCUUCCAAGGGAUUCCCGACAACUCCACCGUCAGCCGAGGCGCCAAGAUUGACAUCAAGUUCAACCGGGCGCCCACCACCCACUGCGACGACAGUCUGGCCAAGUACAAGGGGGAGGCCUACUCCGCGUGGCUGUACAACAAUCUCUCGCGCGACCGCGACAACAUCAACUUCGACCAACAGGUCAAGGUCAAGGGUGAUAUCGCCGAGUCGGAUGGUGCGGUGACCAUCACCAUUCCGAAGGAUCUGCCGGCGGUUGAUGAUAAGACCGUUUGGUAUCUGCGCCUGGAUACCACUUUGAGCACUGCGCCUCAGAUGCCCUCUCUCUUUAAUGCCGCGGGACCGUUCACCAUCAACUAG